ACCCCGAAAGUUCGCAGCGCCUAGCUGAGCGCGACUCUACGAGCGCGCCCCGACGCCGUGACGUUGAAGAACGCGCCCCCCCGUUCAAAUGUCGCGAAUUUAUCUGUUUCCCUGAACGCAUCACGAGCCGCGAUAGGGCUCGAUGUGGAAAAGCAUUCAGUCGUCGUUUAUUUUCUAUGCGAGCACGUUUUCACUGUAACGCACGUUUAUGGAAGUGAUGUGAUACCGUUACCAUGAUUUGGAUUCGAUGGUCAGCUCGGAUCUGUGUCUUUUUCUUCUUUUUAUUGAAAGAUGCGAUGAGUGUUGUGAACGAGCACGGCGUGAAAUUGACAAUAGAGCCGAAAACGGUGGAACGGUUCCAGACCGCCACGCUACGUUGUGCUUACGAUAUAGAUGAAUCGACGCUAUAUGCAGUCAAGUGGUAUAGGGGACUCUACGAGUUCUACAGGUUUGUGCCGAAAGAAUCGCCGAAAACGAAGGUGUUUCCGUAUACAGGGAUAGUUGUAGACGAACAUAAGUCCAAUAGUACUCAAGUCGUUUUGAGGGAUAUCGACUUCAAUCUUGCAGGAAACUUCACUUGCGAGAUAACCAAAGAUCUGACAUUCGCAACGUUGUCCGACACACAAAAAAUGACAGUUGUGAAACUGCCUGAAUUUCCGCCGACUAUAAGUGUCGAGGGCGAGCCGCUGGAUUGCGGGCAUACCCUGAGGGCCAAUUGUACCUCGCAGCCAGCCCGUCCGCCAGCCAGGCUCACUUUCCUCCUCAACGAUAUAGUGGUUGCGAGAAGUGACCCAUUGACAUUUCGGCAAACACAAGAGAUGGCCUGGAGUGAUCUUUCCCUGGAAAUCAUCCUGUCGGAUAUCCACUUUUCCAACGGCAGGUUGAUACUUCAGUGCCAGGCAAAAAUAGAUGACAUAUACGAAGAAAAUGCAAGGUUGGAAUUGAACACAGUGAAGAGUCCCGUCCAUGAGAGAGUGAGCGCUAUGGAUUCGUCUGCAGAGAUAGGAGACAAAAAGUUUGUACUUAGAUUUUUUACCAUAGUUUUAAUCCUGAAAGUUUUGAGUUAGAUUAGACGAUAGUGAUCUACUUGAUGACGAGCGCACUCGUAAAUUUAUCGAAUUCAGUGAUAUUUUCAUGUUCCAGUAUAUUUCCCAUUUACUAGUUCUAUACAGUUGUUUUACUAUAUUCUGAAAUAAGCAAAAAAUAUUUACGAUAUGUAAUAUUCAGUUUUAUUAGGCAAAAAAGCUAUCCUAACUAACCCAGGGCUU